AUGCCCAAGACCACACGAUCUAAUUCUGUCUCACGGCAAGAUCGCCGCCAUAAUCCUCUCAGCGAAGAGUAUGCGCCCACACAACCUCUUAAGCAAAAGGCAGGGAAGAAGAGAAAACAGUCGGGCGGCGAGGAUGGCGCACAGGAAGGCUAUGUCGACAGCAAGUCUUCGCGGAACAUUCUGAAAUUAGGAGAGGAGCUAGCAGGUGAAGACGAUGCAGAAAGACUAGCGAAGCGAGCAGCGACAGAAACACCAGUAUUCCAGGGCUUCGGUGGCUUCAGAGACGACCUUACCGACGAUGAUGGGGUGGGGGGAGGAGCCGAAGUGGGCGAAUACGACGACGAAGCAGCCUGGGGCUCAGACGAAGAAGAAGUAGAAGAGAUCGAAGUCGACCCCGAAGACCUCGAAACCUUCAACAAAUUCAACCCCUCCUUCGAUCCCUCCACCCUUCUCCACCCCCGUGAUCCAAACGAAGAAGAACCCCAAGGCCCCGGCACAAACCUCGCCGACAUCAUCCUCGAGAAAAUCGCCCUCCACGAAGCCCAACAACAAGACCCCUCCCCAGCCGCCCCCCCGGUCCGCCAAAUCCUCGGCGGCGGCGACCCAGACGACGCCAUCGAACUCCCCGCCAAAGUCGUCGAAGUCUACACCCAAACCGGUCUCCUCCUCUCCCGCUACAAAUCUGGCAAAUUACCCAAACCCUUCAAGAUCCUCCCCACCUUGCCCCAAUGGGACAUCCUGCUCAGCAUUACGCGCCCGGAAGCCUGGACCCCCAAUGCCGUGUACGAAGCCACGAAACUCUUCACUUCCUCCCGACCCGCGUUGGCGCAGGCGUUCGUGCAGGAUAUUUUGCUGCCGAGGGUGAGGGAGGAUGUGUUGGAGACGCGGAAAUUGAAUGUGCAUCUCUACAAGGCGUUGAAGAAGUCGUUGUAUAAGCCCGCUGCUUUCUUUAGGGGAUUAGUGUUCCCGCUCGUGGCGUCCGGGACGUCGAGGGUGUCGAUCCCCGUCUUGCAUUCUGCUACGGCGUUGUUCAGGCUCUGUGAGAUUGCCGCGGAGCAGAUGAUGGGGGAUGUGGAGGCGGCGGGGGCUUGUAAUAUUUUCAUCCGGACGCUGUUGGAGAAGAAGUACGCGCUGCCUUAUCGCGUGGUGGAUGCGCUGGUCUUCCACUUCCUGCGCUUCCGAGCCGUGCAAGAAAGCCAAGGAGCAACGGGGGGGGAGGACACCGCUAUGAUUGGAGCUGGUGGGGCUGGGGCUAGGGGGCAGAUGGGCAGGAAAGCGGCGGCGGAUCUGAGAUUGCCGGUUUUGUGGCAUCAGUGUCUCCUUGCGUUUGCGCAGAGGUAUAAGAAUGAGAUUACGGAGGAUCAGCGCGAGGCUCUGCUUGAUUUGCUGUUGGUGCGGGGGCAUAGGCAGAUUGGACCUGAGGUGAGAAGGGAACUGCUUGAAGGUAGAGGACGGGGGACCAUGGUUGAGCCGGAGGAUGUGGGGAGGGGGGAUGGGGAUGAUACUAUGAUGAUGUAG